GAGGAACUGCUGCUGCUGCUGCUGCUGUUGUUGGAGGAAGAGGAGCAGCUCGGGACGAGGACGACACCCCCCUCCCCCUCCUCGGGUUUCCUUAUAAGAAGACGAGGCGCCCUCCUCCCCCCUCCCCCUCCAUCACGGCUUCUGCCAUCUGCUCGUCUUGCUGCCCAUCGUCAUCAUCAUCAUCAUCCUGCUCAUCCUCCCGUAUAAUACCAGACAAAACAUCAUCAACAUCAUCAACACCACACAGCCAGUUCCGCGACUCUAUCCAACACCACGAACGACAUCCUCGACGUCGCCCUCAUCAUGAGCGAGCCCCAGAACCAACAGGCCUCUGAGCCGGCAUCUACCGGCACCCGCCGCAGGAGCUCCGGCCUCAUGCCCGCCUUCGAGAGCCUCCAGCAGCACAAGAACAAGCAGGACGCCGCCCGCCGCCAGAGCUUGUCGGACCAGCAGGUCAAGGGCGGCAUCUUCAGCCAGCUCUUCCACAACAACAUUGGCCGCAACGCCAAGUAAAAGAAAAAAACCAAAAAAAUACAUCACCAAUCUACGCACGCCCUGACGACGGCAACAACAAGCACCUUGCUGCUGUUGCUACUGGUACUGUGGCUGCUCCAGAGCUCCCGCAGUGACGGGCGUCGUAUACAUGUUUGUCUCAUAGGUUUUGUACAGUAGUAGUGCGAUGCGGAAUGGCCGGGAUCGAAGGAGCUUGGAGUUCUUAGCCUCAACGGACGGUGCUUUGGAGUUUGCCCUGAGGGGUUGAUGAGCCUGUAAAAAGACUGCAUGAUGAUAAAAUUUGCGAUACGACAUAUGAACGCUGGCGCCAAAAAAUAAGUGAGAUUCGGGACCUGUUUAUGUGAUAGGUCUCGACGUUACUGAAUUACAAUGAUGUAUGUUUGCCCUUUGCAGCUCAAUGCGAGGUGGCAAGAAGAAGAUGCCCU